AUGGAUAUUUUGAAGUAUUCACCAAGUUUCCUAGUUGUCUUGUUUCAGGCAUCUUGUAAUCCAAGUGAAUUCUUUAACGUUGUCACCUCUCUGUCAUUCUCAAGCCGGUCAGGCAAAAUGGCGAGUUCUCGCCUGUCUCUGCUGCUUCCGCUUCUCCUCGUCCUCGCCGUUUCCGUCGCGCCGUUGCUUUCCCUCCACGGAUCUGCGUUCGCCCGCUCCUUCGAAGUCAUCGACGGCGAUAUCGGCAGCUAUCUCGGGACUGCGAAUAAUGAGGGGAACUCUUCCGCGGUGGCGGUGCCGGGAGCGGAGGAGGACGGCGCGCGCCGAGGGCUCCAGGAGUAUGUCGCUUGUGGCAAGAAUUCCAUUCGCUUUACCACCCGCCCAAUUUCGGACAACUUAAACGGCAAAUAUACGUACCAGCUCACCAUAAAAAACAUGUGCCCUGAGGACAUCAUUGGCAGGCUUGUCUUCUGGAAUUGCGACAUUGGCGGAAUGGCGAGCUCUCGCCGGCCUCUGCUUCUUCCGCUGCUCCUCGCCCUCGCCGUCUCCCUCGCGCCGUCGCUCUCCACCCAAGGAUCUGCCUUCGCCCGUUCCAUCUCCGCAAGUGACGUCAGCGACGGGGAUAUCGACCGUUUUGUUAACGCGGGUGCUAGUAACGAGGAGGACUCUAUUGCGAUGGCGGUGCCGGGAGCGGAGGAGCACGUGCGCAGGUCACUCCAGUCGCAGAAAGUCUCAUGUGACCAGAACUCAAUUCUUGUGACCUACCGCAUUAUCUCGGACCAGGGCAACGGCACCAUGGUGAUCCAGCUGAUUAUCAAGAACUUGUGCCCCUAUGACGUCAUCGGCAGGCUUAUAUUCUGGAAUUGUCAAAUGGAUACGAUUUAUGCAGCUGGCAACACCAACUUCCAGACAGGAAAGCUCUUGUUUAAAGCUGUCGCCUACAUACCUCCUGCGGGAGGCCUAGUGGCGAAGUGCUCUUUCGCCUCUCGCGCAAUCGUUACGUUUCUGUUACUGUCGGCCCCUCUCGCUCUCCGCUCUCGCGCUUGUCCUGAAACGCCCUCAUGUCGCCCACCCCGUAUCUUCCCUCCGUUCCCGUCGCCUCCGCGCUCUCCCCUCCCAUCCCGUCGCCCUCGUGCCUUCCUUCCCGCUCCCGCGCCUUCGUACUCACCCGUCCCGUCCCUUCUCGUCGCCUUCGUACCCACUCAUCCCGCACCUUCCUCUCUCCCUUCGCAUCACCCACCUCGUCACCCUCCCUUUCCUCCCAACGCCAUCCCGUUUCCUGUCGCCCUCCGUUCACCUUCGCGACCAGCUCUCCCAUCCCGUCGCCCUCGUUAUCUCUCCACGCUGCCCGUCGCGCUCGCUAUCUCCCCCCUCUCCCUGUCGCGCUCGCUAUCUCCCCCCUCUCCCUGUCGCGCUCGCUAUCUCCCCCCUCUCCCUGUCGCGCUCGCUAUCUCCCCCCUCUCCCUGUCGCGCUCGCUAUCUCCCCCCUCUCCCUGUCGCGCUCGCUGUCUCCCCCCCUCUCUCGUCGCGCUCGCUAUCUCCCCCCCUUUCCCCGUCGCCCUCGCUACCUCCACGGUUAUUUCCGAGCAGAGAGCAAUGUGCUGCUGA